CCUCCCGUCCUUCGUGGCCCCCAUCCCGCCCAUAGCCCCCCGCGCUCCCGAGAAGAGGCUCUAAGGAGGAAGAUGGAAGGCAACAACGGACGGCGACCUCGGGUGGUUUCUAACUCGCGCUCACCGCAGCGGAGAGCCGAGAGACGUCCGCGCCGCAAUUCCGAAUCGUCUGUGUUGGACAUCGAGAAGCCGCUUACCGAAGAAGAGAAGAAGGCACGCGAGGCCCGACGGCGAGAGCGCGAGCGCCGUCACCGUGAGAACAAAGAGAAGAAGCCGAAUCGUCGAUUGGAUAUCAUUGACCAGCUUGAUCAUACCAGUCUGUUCGGAUCUGGAUUCCAUCACGACGGCCCCUUCGACGCCGUCAACCCGCAUCGCAAUCGCAAGGGCAGCCGCCGUGCGCCUAUGCAGGCCUUCCCCAAGGAUUCCCUCAACAUGUCGCUCGGUGGAUCGGGUCCCCUUAAUAAGACGGCCGACCAUUCCACUUUCAUGGGAAUGGCGAACGACGAAGCCUUCAAGGAGUAUGCGGGUGGCGCGAAGAACGGUCUCGGCUACACCAGCAAGGAGGCACCCGUGUUCGACCCGCGCAUGCGCACCGCUAUGCACGGAGAGGAAUCGCUGGGUCUAGGCACGUCGACAUUCUUGGAGGGAACGCCGGCUCCUCGCACGGCCAUCCAGAAGCAGGUUGCCGAGCAAGCUGAACAGAUGGCCAGCGAAGGGCUGCAGCGCAAGAAGUCGCUGGCCCAGCGCAUCCGCAACAUCAACAGGCCGCAGCGCGAUGUUGGCCCUUCGGGCCGCCUGACGAACCCCGAAGGUGUCUACGCGCGCACGUCACCCGACUUUGUGCCUUCGUCGACGAGUACCCCGCAAUACUCAACCGAGCGCAACCCUUUCUUCAACGAGGACCACAAGGAACCCGAGAGCCACAUGCUUCAUCGUGCCCACACGGGGACCAUGUCGCCCACCAGCCCGCCGCCGCGACCCGCUUCCCAGCAGGGCGUUCCGCUUGAGCGAAGGGUGACGAGUGAUGCCACCUCGCCGACCGAGGACGGCUCAGGGCGGCAAUCGGGCGGGUUCUUGUCACGCGUCAAGAGCUUGAAGGGUGGACGAAGGAACCGCCAGUCUUCCGACAACCUGGCACCUGGCACCGCCGUUUAG